AAGCAUAAUAUUUCACGGAGAUUUACAGCGAACUCACUCUUCUUUUCAUUGAUGACUUCAAAACCAAAUAAAGGAUUCCAUUGCUUGGAAUAUGAGUGGGUUUUUAGCAAAUGGCGUCAAGGAAAGAAGCAGAGAAGAGAGGGAAGUCAAGAUGGCAGACCAAAGUUCUUUUGGCUGGUUGUCUGUUGGGUUGAAGAAGGCAAAACCAUUCUUGGCAAUGGUGUCCUUGCAAUUUGGUUAUGCAGGGAUGUAUAUUAUUACUAUUAUUGCUUUGAAGAAAGGCAUGAGUCAUUAUAUCCUUUCAGUCUACCGCCAUGUUAUUGCAUUUCUUAUCAUGGCUCCCUUUGCCCUUGUCCUUGAAAGGAAAGUAAGGCCAAAGUUAACCUUACCUAUCUUCCUAAGGAUAAUGGCACUUGGGUUGCUUGAGCCAGUGCUAGACCAGAACUUAUACAAUGUGGGGAUGACAUAUACAUCGGCAACAAUGGGAGCAACCUUUGUCAAUAUGCUUCCUGCCGUUACCUUCAUUCUUGCUAUGAUUUUUAGGCUAGAGAAGGUGAAUGUGAAGAAGUUUCACAGUGUGGCCAAGGUGAUAGGAACUGUAAUCACAGUGAUGGGGGCAAUGGUCAUGACUCUGUACACUGGUCCUGCCAUCCAUUUCAUCAAGUCUGCGGGAGCAAUCCACCAUGGAAACACCACUGAAUCUGAUAAGCACAACCACUUUAUUGGCAUCUUGCUUCUAUUUGGAAGCAUUUGCAGUUGGUCAGGCUUCUUCAUAUUACAAUCAUUCACACUAAAGAAGUACCCAGCAGAACUCUCUCUUACAGCUUUGGUAUGCUUGGUGGGAGCAGUGGAAGGUGCUGUGGUUUCUCUUAUUUUUGAAAGAGACAUGAGUGUCUGGAAAGUUGGCUUUAACAGCAAGUUCGUUGCUAUUGCUUACUCUGGAGUGGUUUGCUCUGGAAUCGCUUAUUAUGUACAAGGGGUUGUGAUUCGAGAACGAGGCCCUGUUUUUCUUACAUCUUUUAGUCCUCUAUGCAUGAUCAUAACUGCUACUCUUGGGGCUAUAGUUUUGAAAGAGUUAAUCCACUUGGGCAGCAUACUUGGAGCCAUUCUCAUAGUGAUUGGACUAUACACUGUGGUGUGGGGCAAAAGCAAAGAUACGAAAAGUACGUCAGAAGAAUCGAUUAUGACUAAAGAUAUAGGUAAAAACCAAGAAUUGCCCAUUGUCGAUCAUGGAGGCAUAAUUGAUGGUCCUGUCAAAAUUCUUAAAAUUCCAGCUGCAGACAACAUCAGAUCAGAUUCUAUUGUGUCCAAAUAGAAUGUUGUCUUGUCUGUCUAGCAAGUCUGGUCUAAUCCCUCUCUCCAAACUUGCUCCAUCUGUGUACUAGGUCUAAGAGCAUGCACCAGCCUACCCGGCUUCUUUUGUUGUUGUACUUUUGAACUAAUCAAAGUGCCUUAAUGAAAUUAAUCAAUGUUU